CAGUUGGGACUUUCUCACAUCCUCCCUUCGUACCGGCAGUGGGGUUCAAGUCAGGGGGGGACACUGGCAGAUGGACUGACCGAUAGCCUCGUUAAUCUGGUAAAAUAAGGGAUUUUUUAGUAUCUUCCUGGCUCUUUGGGAAGACCAUGGCUCUCUUCAGGAUCCAUCAGGAGGGUUUUCUGGUGGUUUUACUGCAGAUUGUCUUGAUUUGUUCCGCUCAGAGGGGCGCGGUUGGUCCCAGAGGCCCCCCUGGACCGCCUGGGAUCGUUGGAGUACCUGGAGUGGAUGGAAUCGACGGUGAUAGAGGGGAGGACUCCAAUGUAACUGGACCGCCGGGUAUUCCCGGGGAUAAUGGAAAAGACGGGUCUCCAGGAGCUUCAGGCCGUCUAGGAGCAGAUGGACCGGUGGGACCCCCAGGGAAUCCAGGCCCUGUGGGACAGAAAGGCUCCAAAGGGGAACGUGGAGCUCGGGGACCUGCAGGAGAACCAGGGGUAGGACCUGAUGGGACUGAUGGUAUUCCUGGUACUGAUGGGCUACCAGGUGAACUGGGGAGAGCUGGACCUCCUGGAUCGAGAGGGAGGAGAGGUCCCGUCGGUCUACCAGGUCUUGCUGGUCCUCGGGGACCUCCAGCUGUUUACCAGGGGGAGGAUCUGUGCCCGAACGCCUGCCCCCCAGGUCUGACUGGAUAUUCUGGACUCCCUGGAAUGAAAGGCCACAAAGGGGCUAAGGGCGAAUCAGGUGAGCCCGGAAGACAAGGACACAAGGGAGUGGAGGGCGAUCAGGGACCCCCCGGUGAAGUUGGAGCUCAAGGACUGCCAGGCCCUGGUGUGAAAAGAGGGGCUCCAGGAAUAAUGGGCCCCAAAGGAGAACGGGGGCCUCGUGGGAGCCCCGGUGAUGUAGGGCCUCGGGGAGCUCUGGGAGCACCAGGGGAUCCGGGUCAACGAGGAGGAUCAGGAGAGAGCGGACAGAUAGGAGUACAGGGGGACCGAGGCCCUCCAGGAAUCAGGGGCGUUCCAGGGCCAAAAGGAGAACCUGGCCUCCCUGGUCCAGAUGGUCGUGAAGGAAUACCUGGGUUGCCUGGUUCUAAGGGUCCUCCAGGUAAAAGCGGAGCUCCAGGUGAUGCAGGCCCACAGGGACUUUCUGGUUUACCCGGUUCAUAUGGCCAGAAAGGACACAGCGGUGCAAAGGGAAGCACAGGGGACAGAGGAGUCGUGGGACUGAUGGGGUCUCCAGGAAAACAAGGGGAGCGAGGAGACCAGGGGGAAGUUGGACCGGCUGGGCCCAGAGGAGGAAAUGGUGAACGUGGAGAGACAGGACCUAAUGGACCUCCUGGGAUACCAGGAGCCAGGGGAAGCAAAGGGGACCCAGGCUUUCCAGGGCUUCCUGGUCCGGCUGGUUAUCGAGGCCAAAAGGGGGACCGGGGUUCUGUUGGACUCACUGGCCCUAAAGGAGACCAGGGACCUGCAGGCGCUGAAGGAACCCCCGGAGAUAAAGGCGAAGUGGGCGAUCAAGGAGAACCAGGAGAGAAAGGAUCGCAAGGACCACCAGGAGAGACGGGAAACAAAGGAGCUGAGGGGGGCCGUGGGCCGCCAGGCAAAGAGGGCAAGCCGGGUCAGGCAGGACCACGAGGCAUGCAGGGAGAUACAGGGGUACCGGGCCUACCUGGGCACCAGGGUCCAGCGGGCAAAGCCCCGACGGACAGACACAUCAAACAGGUCUGCAUGAGAGUCAUGCAAGAGCAGCUGGCCCAGUUGGCGGCCAGCCUGAGCAGACCAGAAUCCGGCGUGGCCGGGCUCCCCGGCCCUCCUGGCCCACCUGGACCUCCAGGCUCUCCCGGAGAGAAUGGAUUUCCAGGCCACACCGGGUCAAGAGGUCUCCCUGGUUUGAAGGGUCCACCUGGGUUAAUCGGACUCAAAGGACCGAAAGGCGACCAAGGGGACAGAGGUGACAGGGGGCCCACAGUGAGGGGACCCAAAGGGGAACCUGGCGUUCCUGGACUACCAGGUGAACCCGGGCGAGCCGCCUAUGGUGUGAACGGCCGUGAUGGAGAGCGGGGACCGCGCGGCGUUCUUGGAAUCAAUGGCGUUCCGGGAUCUCCGGGGCCCGCUGGCAGGAACGGCUACUGCGAGCCGUCGCAGUGCGUCCCUGCUAUGGUGCCGCCGCCCAGCUUUGGAAAGAACUCUGAGACGAAGGGCCCCAGCGAGAUGUGAGCGGGACAGAAGCUGAGCACAAAACCUCAGCUGCACAAAAGUCUUGUUUUUAUAAAGCCACCUUCGAGGUUACACUGACAUCAAUGUGGACUCUAAAUACCAUCCAACCAGCUUUUUCCAAUUUCCUUACCUCAGUUGUUCCAUCUCUGUACCGUAAAAUGUCAGGAUCCAUAAUGAAAUCCUUGUAGACAAAUGUAAAAGCUAACGUACUCGGUUCCGUAUGUUUCUGUAAAUGUGUCAAUAUAUAUAACUGGAGACCAGUAGUCUGAUAGUAUUUAAGCGCCUCACAGAUGUUGGUCAAAUGUGAUCAUUUCUGGACAGAAGGAUGGUGACGCGUGAACGAACUCGACACAGUUUUGUAUGUUUUCUUAUUUAUUGCAUCGAGGUUCAAUGUUUUCUCUGCAAGUUGUACAAAGGAGGAAAUACACACAUUUUGGUAACCUGUUC